AAAAAACGACGCCCAGAGCGCCGGCCAUCCGCCCAUCCCUCCCUUCGCCCGUUCGCUGGGCUCCGAUCUCUCCGCCGCCCCAAGCCCGACGGCCCCCACCGUCCGACCUAAACCAAUAAUACGGCGAAAUAGCUGCCACCGCAACUCCUUUUCCGACCUGACGUGCAUAGCGCCAGGGCUACCGAAGUUCGCUUCCGAUUCGAUCUCCACAGCUCCGACCCGACCGCCGCAUCUCCGCUCUUACUCGAAGGUGGAGGUCUCCUUCAGCCGCCUUCUACGUCAUCGCAACUGCCGGGGUCGGUGGCUGCCUCGAGCACCGUGGCACCUCACGGAACCUUACAGCCUUACAGUUUCAUGGAGUGUGGACUUCUGUUGCGAACAAACAUGGAGAAAAGAUAUCUGUGAUCUCAACUGAAAUAUGGAGCCAGUCAAACUAGUUGAGGGGUACAACUUUGAUGACCAUACUACAAGUGAUGUCCGUGUUUGCUUUAAACUGAUUGAUGAGCAGCCGGAAUGGUUUUCCUGCCACUCAUCUGUUCUUUCCCAAAACAGCAAGUAUUUUUCAGAUCGGCUUGGUCAAAAUGAUAUCCGCUCUAAUAGUUGCGUUGAAAUUGAAUGCCCAAGAGCUCAGUAUGACCAUUAUGUCAAGAUGUUGAAGUUGAUGUAUCUUCCCGGGGAAUCAAUUGUAGAUUCAUUUGAUUCUGUUAAAUCAGCUCUGGGUGUUCUUCGAGCAUCAAAUUCACUCGGAUGCGAGUUGGUUACCAAAGGAUGUAUUGCAUACAUUGAAGCUGUCCCAUGGGAUGAUAAUGAGGAGGAGGAGAUAUUAGAAGUAGCUCGGAGCCUUGGCUCAGAUGCAGUGUCUCUAUUAGCUCGUCUGCAUGCCCCAAGUGCAGACGCUGUUAAGAAUGUCUUCAUCUCUGCCAUACGAUUUGCUACGUGCAUGGAAACGCUGUUCCCUCCUUUUCUGGAUGACCUCAAGACUUCUGCUCAGGAGCAAACUGACUUUAUGAUCCAUGAAGACGAUGAAACUGCUCUGGUUAUGAUGGAUGAAGAUGUCAGAUCUGUGGUGCAGGAAGGUAUAACAAAACUGUUAUCUGGACUUAGGACCGGGCUUGAUCUGUUGGCAACCGAGUUUGAUCAAUCACCUGAUCAAGCAGAGAAAGGGAUUCUGUGUAGCUUAGCUGACAUCGACUGGGUAGCUAAUCUGUCAACCAAGAUUGAGAUGACGCACGCCUUUGUUUCUGGCUGGUCAGAAAUGUCGGGCCAUAUUCUUUCAGUGGUUCAGGACAGCAAGUAUAGCUCAGGCUUGUGGGCUGUCAAGGCAAAGCUUAUCGAAGUGACUGGAAAGGCCCUGGACGCUGUUGGCUACGGCACAGUGGUUCUCCCGGCACCAUCUAGAUUCCAUCUCCUGAAGACAUGGCUUCCUUAUAUCCAAACGACAAAACGUUCGCUGGAUGGAAAUAGCAAGGGCGAAAUGUCUCUGCAGAUGGAUUCAGACAUGUGGCAGAAUGUGGAGAGCGCAAUAGUCUCGAUGGUGCUAGCGCUGCCGUCUGAUGACCAGGCCGAUAUCCUGUCGGAGUGGAUGAAGAACGCAGAGCAGUUCAGGUAUCCUGAUCUCACCGAGGCAUUCGAGGUGUGGUGCUAUCGCAGCAAAACAGCAAAGAGAAGGCUUGUGGGAGGACUGAAUGGGUCUAGCUCUAGCAAUCCCACAGUUAGCUCCUAAGGCUACUGUUAGUUUGGCCUUUUUGUUGUAGCCCCUGAUCAGCUAAACUGGCCGGUUGGUACCAAGUAUAUGCAGCCAACUGUAUCCCCAUCGUUGUAUGCUGUAAAGCAACUGCUCAUGUUUUAUAUACUUCAGUUUCAUUGCAGUGCCAGCUUAUGUUCGGUUCAGU